GUUGAACCUCAAAAUGCUGUUCUCCACCGGCACACGACACCAUAACAUGAUAAACCCAUUGACGUGGGUGCGCAGCAUAGGAUCCUAUGCAAAACACUUCAUGCGGCGAUCUCCCAUCAUCAUCUUUCGCCGCGGAGUCUCGCGCAAUGACACUUUUCGCAUCAUACCAAGGCUGUUUUCAAGUCCUAGGCUCCAGGAAACGCCUAGUGAACAGUGUGGAUCAAAGAAGGGAUAGCCAUUGGUAUCAACAUACCCAUGCUGCAGAUCUUCAGGAAACGCCUCCUACGAAACCUGUAUCCACUAUUCACACCGAAGGUCUUGAAUUCAGGACUCCCAUUUUGCCGGGCGUUUCUUCACUAAAAGGUUCUUAGAGGCCCUUGAGCAAACAGAAUUAUAGGUCUCGUCCAGAUCAUUCACUUCCUUCACAAUAAGCUCUCGGGGCACUUACCCAUCAUGGCUCCAGCCCUGAUAAAGUACAACUGGAUCCUUGCCAUCACCACCAUCGCCUUUGUCUUCUCCUCAGCCUCCAACGGUGCCAACGAUGUCGCCAACUCGUACGCCACAUCUGUGGCAGCGCGAACGUUAAAGAUGUGGCAGGCCGGUAUUCUUGCGUCUAUCACUGAGUUUGUUGGAGCUGUUGCUCUAGGUUCUCGGGUCACAUCCACUAUCAAAAGCGGCAUCUUCGGCCUGACCAAGUUCCAGCCUGCUCCUCCGACGUUUAUGCUCGUGAUGGGCUGUGCGGAGGUAGGCAGCGCGACGUUCCUCACCAUUGCUACUCUCUAUGGCAUGCCUGUUAGUACCACACAAACCGUCGUCGGUGCUCUUGCAGGCGCUGGUAUUGCAGCUCAGACUCGUCUCAAGUGGGCUUGGGCAAGCGGCAGUCUCAGCCAAAUCGCCGCGUCUUGGGCAAUUGCCCCACUCAUUGCAGCUGGCUUCUCCGCCAUUCUAUUCCUAACAAUCAAGUUCCUUGUCCUCGAAAGGAAGGAUCCUCUUAUGUGGGGUCUUCGACUGAUCCCUUGGUACCUGGCCUUCACAGCUGGCAUCCUGGCCCUGUUCAUCAUUGAUGAGCUUCCAAAUGGCGAGUCGCUUGAGGAGAUGGGCGCUGGUAAGGCGACUGGCAUCAUUCUUGGUGUAUUCUUCGGCAUCUUAGCUGUCGGGUAUAUCUUCUUCGUUCCGUACUUCCAUCGUCGCCUCGUCAAGAACGACGCCCGGAUGCGGCCGUGGCACAUCCCACUCGGACCCCUUCUUUACCGAGAGGAUCCUCCGAUAUACUAUCCUGGAAAGGGCGACCAUGUCGUUACUGACUACUAUGCCAAGUCAUCUGAAGAGACUCCAAGUAAAGAUCUCGAGAAAACUCCAAAAAAUCACUGCUUCGCCGGUGAUGCAACACCUGUUGACAACAAGGCAGCUCAUGAUAACAGUGAUGGCUUGUCAACUUCCGUCGAUAGGAACAAUUUGGAGGACGCGACCACGGAGCGUGCUUCGCGAGGUCUCUCUGUACCGAACCCUCGAGGAGACACGGUUGCCCAUAUCAUCCCAAAGAAGCCUGAGCCAGAAGAGCGAUGGUUGGAGCCUGUUCGCGACCUGCCUUUCUACUCGCCUCGAAAGAUCACGAACUGGAUCAAAUUCUUGUUACUACAAGGUGUCAGCCGCGAUGUUGUCACACAGAAGAACCUUGGCGCUGUCCACGCUCGUGCUGUCGUCUACGACAACCGUGUCGAACACUUAUGGACUUACGCCCAAGUAGCAUCUGCUAUGAUGAUGUCUAUUGCUCACGGAUCCAACGAUGUCGCAAACGCCGUUGGCCCCUGGGUUGCAAGCUACAACACGUACACGAGUGGAGAAGUGACCUCCAGUGCUGACACCCCGAUCUGGAUCCUGGUCGUCGCUGGUCUACUGCUCGGUUUGGGGUUCUGGUUCUAUGGCUACCAUGUCAUGCGCUCGUUGGGCAACAAGAUUACCCAAGUCUCACCCACCCGAGGGUUCUCAAUGGAACUUGGUGCCGCCAUCACUGUUCUCCUCGCUUCUAGGCUUGCUUUGCCCGUGUCGACGACGCAGUGCCUGACUGGUGCGACCAUUGGUGUUGCGCUUUGCAAUUUCGAUGUUCGUGCUGUUAACUGGAAGCAAGUUGCUUUCAUCUUCUCAUCUUGGAUCAUUACGCUACCAAGUGCGGGGCUGAUCUCAGGGUUGCUGAUGGCUAUGGCGCUGAAUACACCUCACUUUUAGAUGACCUAUCCGAUAGACGGCCAAAAUUAUUAGUCCGCAGGCUUGACAAGUAGAGUAGGGGGAAGGCUGAAUAGUUGUACAUGGAACCAGAAAUCUUCUUACAAUAUCUUUCAUUGAAAUGUUACAUAUUACAUCCCCCAGAUGGCUUCCUAAAAGUCGGUUCUCCGGUCCUGAUGCCAAACUCGAUAGGAGACUUUCCCGUGCAAGCCUGGCCGUCGGCCCCAUCCAAGGCGCAAAGAUAAGCCCGCCUUGUGCCUUUGGCACUCUUAUGAGGGAUUCGUAGGCACUUUCGAGGUCUUUGUUGGGGCAAGGCCGACGGAGAGUGCGAGCGGGAAAGCCGAAAAGAUAUAUUGGCUAUCUUUCCGUUAGCUUGUCGGGAAUUUCCUCUUGAAGCUAACCUGGUGCUGGUCGAACUUGAACAUCCCUCAAAGUAUAUCUGUGAGCCUGGGGUCAGUCAGUUCC